AUGGCCGGCGCGACGAUGCGGUCCUGGGUCCACGCGCGGUCCGGCUGCCGCGUGCGCCUGGCGUCGGCGGCGGGGCCCAUGGCGAAUCUGUACGGCUGCCUCGCGACGGAGGCCGUGGACACGGACUGGGCGCUCGCGGACGACGGCCUCCCGCACACGCUCGAGCAUUUGGUGUUCCUGGGCAGCGAGGACUACCCCUACAAGGGCGUGCUCGACAAGCUCGCGAACCGGUGCCUGGCCCGGGGCACGAACGCCUGGACGGACGUGGACCACACGGCCUACACGGUGACGACGGCCGGGUCUUCCGGCCUGCUCAACCUGCUGCCGAUCUACGUCGACCACAUCCUGCGGCCGACGCUCACGGAGGCAGGCUUCGAGACGGAGGUGCACCACGUCACGGGCGGCGGCGAGGACAAGGGCGUCGUCUACUGCGAGAUGCAGGGCCGCGAGACGACGGCCGAGUCGCUCGCGGAGCGCGAAUGUUUAGCCGCGUUGUACCCGAAGUGCGGCUACUCGUCGGAGACGGGCGGCCUCUGCGCGAACGUGCGGGCUCUCAAGAACGGCCAGGUCCAGCGCUACCACGCCGAGUUCUACCGCGCGUCGAAUUUGUGUUUGGUGGUCACGGGCGGCGUCGACGCGGACAAGCUCCUC